CUGGGCUGCGAGACGCUAAGCGGCGCCGGGCGGGAGAAGAGCGGAGCAGUGGUCGGAGAUGUGGCGACCGGCUGGAGUGCAGUGUCUCGAUCUUGGCUCACUGCAAUCUCCGCCUACCAAGAUCAAGCGAUUCUCCUGUCUCAGCCUCCCAAGUACCUGGGAUUACAGAACAGUGACCUACGUAGGCCACUCCUCCCAUCCGGGCAUCCACCUUCAAGGUUGGCGUCUGCUGUAUGAUUCCAUGGCUGGGCACUGUUGCCACUUCCUUCGGAGAUGAGGACUGCUUUCCUCUGGCCACUGGUCAGUGGUCUCAGCAGCAGGAAAUAGUAAAAUAGUAAAUGACAGAGACUGAGGGGACAUUCAGAGACGGGGUAUGUUUGAUGACCUGUCAGCAUCUGAGGCAUCAGCCCUGGUUAAGCUGCGUUUAGCCUUCUCUCCUGUGAUACUUUGACACUCAGCCUUGCUCCCAGGAGGUGCAGCUCUGUCAUUUCCACUCUGCUCUGCUGCACAGCAGGCAGAAGCCCUGGCCGUCCCCUGCUGCGUUCUUCAGGAGAAACGUCAGGGGCCUUCCUCCAAGGUUCUCGAGCCCCACACCCCUGUGGAGGAAGGUGCUCUCCACCGCGGUAGUGGGGGCGCCCCUGCUCCUCGGAGCCCGCUAUGUCAUGGCAGAGGCGCGGGAGAAGAGGAGGAUGCGGCUCGUGGUGGAUGGCAUGGGGCGCUUUGGCAGACCUUGCCUCCCCAGGCCUUGGAGACCCACCCUCCUGGUGUCCUCCUCUCUUCCUAGUGGACCUCAGGCUGCAGGUCUCUGAAGGUCGGCCUGCAGAUCUCCCUGGACUACUGGUGGUGCACCAAUGUUGUCCUUCGAGGGGUGGAAGAGAACAGCCCAGGCUACUUGGAGGUGAUGUCUGCGUGUCACCAGCGGGCGGCUGAUGCCCUGGUGGCAGGGGCCAUCAGCAACGGGGGCCUCUACGUGAAGCUGGGCCAGGGGCUGUGCUCCUUCAACCACCUGCUUCCCCCCGAGUAUACCCGGACCCUGCGCGUGCUAGAGGACAGGGCCCUCAAGCGGGGCUUCCAGGAGGUGGACGAGUUGUUCCUUGAGGACUUCCAGGCCCUCCCCCACGAGCUCUUCCAGGAGUUUGACUACCAGCCAAUUGCUGCCGCCAGCCUGGCACAGGUGCACAGAGCCAAGCUGCACGAUGGCACCAGCGUGGCCGUGAAGGUGCAGUACAUCGACCUGCGGGACCGCUUUGAUGGGGACAUCCACACCCUGGAGCUCCUGCUGCGGCUCGUUGAGGUCAUGCACCCCAGCUUUGGCUUCAGCUGGGUCCUCCAGGACCUGAAGGGGACCCUGGCCCAGGAGCUGGACUUCGAGAAUGAGGGCCGCAACGCAGAGCGCUGUGCGCGGGAGCUGGCGCACUUCCCCUACGUCGUGGUGCCCCGCGUGCACUGGGACAAGUCCAGCAAGCGCGUGCUCACUGCCGACUUCUGCGCCGGCUGCAAGGUCAACGAUGUGGAGGCCAUCAGGAGCCAGGGGCUGGCGGUGCAUGACAUAGCAGAAAAGCUCAUCAAGGCCUUUGCUGAGCAGAUAUUUUACACGGGCUUCAUCCACUCGGACCCACAUCCUGGCAACGUUCUGGUGCGGAAAGGCCCGGACGGGAAAGCGGAGCUGGUGCUGCUGGACCACGGGCUCUACCAGUUCCUGGAGGAGAAGGACCGCGCAGCCCUCUGCCAGCUGUGGCGGGCCAUCAUCCUGCGGGACGACGCCGCCAUGAGGGCGCACGCAGCCGCACUGGGGGUGCAAGACUACCUCCUGUUCGCCGAGAUGCUCAUGCAGCGCCCCGUGCGCCUGGGGCAGCUGUGGGGCUCGCACCUACUGAGCCGCGAAGAGGCGGCCUACAUGGUGGACAUGGCCCGCGAGCGCUUCGAGGCCGUCAUGGCGGUGCUCAGGGAGCUGCCGCGGCCCAUGCUGCUGGUGCUGCGCAACAUCAACACCGUGCGCGCUAUCAACGUGGCCCUCGGCGCCCCCGUGGACCGCUACUUCCUUAUGGCUAAGAGGGCUGUCCGGGGCUGGAGCCGCCUGGCGGGCGCCACGUAUCGGGGUGUCUACGGCACCAGCCUCCUGCGCCAUGCCAAGGUCGUCUGGGAGAUGCUCAAGUUUGAAGUGGCGCUCAGGCUGGAGACCUUGGCCAUGCGGCUGACCGCCCUCCUGGCUCGUGCUCUGGUCCACCUGAGCCUCGUGCCCCCAGCGGAGGAGCUCUACCAGUACCUGGAGACCUAGGGUGCCGCCGCCCAGGGCCGGCGGGGCCCUUUUCACCUUGGGCUGACGGAGGUGGCGGGGCUAGAGGUGUAGACACCCCGAGCCCCGUGGGCACUCGCACUGGGGGGCUGUGACAGCAGCUGGGCCAGGAGGCCAUGUAAUGACCACACACUCCUC